AUGAGCGUGAAUGGCAAUGACUCGUUCGUGACCCUGGAGGGCACUCCACCCGCAUUCGGUCAUGAUAUGUUGAAGAUGUUUGGCUUCGAGGAGGGAUACGUUAACCUCAAUCACGGCUCGUACGGAUCACUCCCUCUCCCAGUAGCCGAGGCCUGCGAGAAAUGGUCUCGAAAGAUCGAGUCGAAUCCCGAUAAAUUUAUGCGACUCGAUAUGGCCGGUCAGCUUGGCUCUGUACGCCGUCGUUUGGCUAGCAUGGUCGGCGCUGGUCCAGACGAGAUCGUCAUUGUUCCUAGUGCGCUCCAUGGUGUAGAUACCGUAUUGAGGAACUUUGAAUGGAACGAGGGCGAUGUAAUAAUCGGAAUGACCACAACCUACAACGGCGUCGAACGCUGUAUCCAAUAUAUUCAUGACCUCCCACCGCACCCCAUCAUCUCCGAAUUCCAGCUCACAUUUCCAAAUACUCAUGCGGCAAUCAUCAAUACCUUCCGCGCUCAUGUCCGCAAGCUCUGCGCCCAUCAGAAGUCUAACGCCAAGGCCGGACAGGACCUCAAGAUUGUCGCGGUGAUAGAUUCAUUGGUGUCGAAUCCGGGUGUGUUAAUGCCUUGGAAGGAGUUGGUUCAGAUCUGCAAGGAAGAAGGGAUUUGGAGUGUAGUUGAUGCGGCCCAUUCUAUCGGGCAAGAGAACGAUAUCAACCUUGGGGAAGCCAAGCCGGACUUCUGGGUCUCGAACUGCCAUAAAUGGCUCUUCGCGAAGCGAGGAUGCGCCAUGUUGUACAUCCCUAAACGUAAUCGGCAUAUUAUAAAGUCACCCUACCCCACAUCCUAUGCCUAUGUCACACGACCCGAAUCGGCCACAGGAGAGGACAUAGAUGUGGCGAACUUAAUUGAGCAGUUCGGAUGGACUGGCACUAGAGACUAUGCGCCAUAUCUCAGCGUUAACGCAGCCCUUGCCUUCCGCUCCUGGAUCGGCGGAGAAUCCGCCAUAAGCACCUACUGCCACAACCUGGCUCUCGAAGGCGGUAAACGCCUCGCCGAGAUCUUGGGCACCUCGCUCAUGGACACCACAGAAAAUUCCGAGCUCACCGUCAACAUGGUCAACGUCGGCAUACCUCUCAGCGACGAUGUUCCAUUCAACAGCGACACGAAUGUAUACUUCCAGAAGAAGUUAUUGCAGGAAUGGAAUUGUUUCGCUGCGACUUAUAAGCAUGGUGGAAAGUGGUGGACGAGGUGUUCGGCUCAAAUUUGGAAUGAUAUAUCCGACUUCGAGUAUGUGGGAAAGGCGUAUCUAGCGGCGUGCAAGGAGCUGGAAGCGAUGUACGUGAAGGAGGAGCCCAAGGCAAAAGAGUGGACGCAGUCGGACGAGCUCAAUAACGAGGCAACCCUCUAG